AAAGCUCCUGGUUGUCCCUGAUUAGUAGCCACAUUGUCUUUUGUUUGUUUUUCUCCUGGUUGGUGAGCGGAAAACUCCUUUUCUUUUCUUUUCUUCUCGGUCUCAGUGCAAUGAUCCUCUGGCAGCUAGAUCAGCCUUGGCUUCCCUCAGAUGGACUUGCCGCAUGGUUUCUUGUAGCUGGGUUUGUACGGUAGUUGCGUAAUACCGAGUGAUUACCAUACAAUGGGCUGGAUUCAUCAAAGACCAGAGGCUGAGCCUUGAAAACAUGACUCUUGUGGCUAUUCAUGCAGUCCUGAGUACUCUGUAUUUAUGCUGCCACAGAAAGAACUGGUUACACUCAGAGGAGAAACACGUCAGCUGCAGGGAAGCAUUUACUAAGGACUGAAAUGAAUUUGCAGCCAAAGGAUCCACAUCAUGAAUAGAUACACUACUAUCAAACAGCUUGGUGAUGGGACGUAUGGCUCCGUCCUCCUAGGGAGAAGCGUUGACUCUGGGGAGCUAAUUGCCAUUAAAAAGAUGAAGAGAAAGUUCUACUCUUGGGAGGAAUGCAUGAAUCUUCGAGAAGUUAAGUCUUUGAAGAAAUUAAACCAUGCCAAUAUAGUAAAACUGAAAGAAGUUAUCAGGGAAAAUGAUCAUCUUUAUUUUGUGUUUGAAUACAUGAAGGAAAAUCUUUACCAAUUGAUGAAAGAAAGAAACAAACUGUUUCCUGAAUCUACGGUUAGGAAUAUUAUGUAUCAGAUCCUGCAAGGGCUUGCAUUUAUCCAUAAACAUGGGUUCUUUCACAGAGACUUGAAACCUGAAAACCUCCUUUGCAUGGGACCAGAACUUGUGAAAAUAGCGGACUUUGGCUUAGCCCGAGAAAUCCGAUCUAGGCCUCCUUAUACAGACUACGUAUCUACAAGAUGGUAUAGGGCUCCUGAAGUUCUUCUGAGGUCCACCAGUUAUAGCUCUCCCAUUGAUAUCUGGGCUGUCGGCUGUAUAAUGGCAGAGGUUUACACAUUAAGGCCUCUCUUCCCUGGUGCCAGUGAAAUAGAUACUAUAUUCAAGAUUUGCCAAGUACUGGGGACACCGAAAAAGAAUGACUGGCCUGAAGGCUACCAACUUGCAGGUACCAUGAAUUUUCGCUGGCCCCAGUGUGUACCUAACAACCUAAAGACCCUAAUUCCUAAUGCUGGCAGUGAGGCAGUUCAGCUCAUGCGAGACAUGCUACAAUGGGACCCCAAAAAGCGACCAACAGCUAGUCAGGCACUUCGAUAUCCCUACUUCCAGGUUGGGCACACACUGGGCACCUCUCUCUGCAUUCAGGAACUGGGCAAGCAGCCGAAAGAACUCCAUGAUAAAGCAGCACUGCACCAUGUUAAACCGGUCCCUCCUGCACAACCCCCUACAAAACCCCAUGCCCAUCUCUCAUCUAGACCAUUCCAGCAAAGCCAGUCUUCCCAGUACCUCAUGUACCCAUAUAAAGCAGACUCCUUGGUGACUGACCACGGGACCCAGUUAAGCGAGGACGAGCCUGCUCAGGUGCUUCUGCCAGCACUUCGUAGUCAAGUUCCUCAGCAGAAAAUUGGGACAGAGAACACGAAUGGUGAACUUAAACCAAAGACUAGGCGAAGAUGGGGACAUAUUACUAGAACAAUGAAAGGUUCUGAAGAGUGGGAUGACUUGGAAGACUUGGAUUUUAGCUCUUCCCUCACCAGAACUGAUCUGAAAAACAAGAGGCGACAGAGUGAUGACGUUCUUUGUAGGUUUGAAAGCAUUUUGGAUCUGAAGCUUUCGGACAAUCUAGGUUCUGGCAACAGUGCCCCUUCCCAUGCGUCCUUUUCACGGCAGGACACACCCACCUUGCGAGUUUCUGCAGCCAAGCAGCAUUACUUGAAACAUUCUAGGUAUUUACCUGGGAUAAGCACAAGGAAUAGCAUAGUCUCCAGUUCAAGCAAGGAUUCUAUUGCGUCUAAUCCAUGGCCCACUUCUAGUUUGCCUGGAAAAGCUUCAGGUGUGGGAGGAGGGGUCAAUGGAACAAAUUCAGGGCACUCAGGAUCGAGCAGGUUGACGGGUGGUUAUAUCCCUUCAUUUCUGAAAAAGGAACUAGGCUCUGCUGGGCAGAGGGUUCAGUUAGCACCAAUUGCAGAUCCAUCUUCUAAUUACGCCUCUCUGAAGUCUGUCAGACCUCAUAUUGGGCGGCCAUCAUUUAAUACACCUUCAAAAAGCACACCAGCAUUAAUGCCGCGUCCACCGCCAAUUCAGCCAAUCCAUGGACGCACUGACUGGUCUUCAAAGUACGGAGCUCACCGGUGACUUGCAGAAAGCACUUUCUGUUGAAGCAGUGCACAUUUCUCAUGAAAUGGUGACCAAUGCUAGACCAUUUGCCAUGACUUUGUAAGCCUGUGAUUUUAAAGAAACCCUAUCUUCUUUGAGCAAGACAUUUCAAGACUUUUUUUUAGUUUUGUUUGUAUUGAUUUGAAUGCAGUCGUAUACCUUUUUGUAUAAAAUUGUUUUGUUAUAUGAUAGGGUCCAAUUAUUUUCUUAAAACCAAUACAUUUUGUACAUAUGGCUUGACGUUUUUGGCAUUUUAUACGAUAAACUUUGUAAUGAACUUGAUAAAAAUUUAAUAUUUCCUU